AUGAAGACUACAUCUGCACGCAAGACUGCGAAGGCGCAGGAGCCAUACGACGACGCAAAACGACCUCGCAAGCGUACAGCCAAGACACCUAAACCGAAGGAACAACCGACCUUGCCCCCAACACCAGCAGCGCCAGGACUGUCUUCCACGCAUUCGGGUCCCGCCCCGGGAGCCGUGCAUUAUCGCAAACUCUGCGAGGAGCAUGUUCGCAGACGGUACCCUGGCCUAGAGCCUCGCAAUGACUUCGAUCUUGUCCAACUCGCAAGCGAAUUUUACAAGGGUACACACGCGGAGAUUUUUGCGGCGCUCGACGACGAUCUUGCAGACACGAGCGAAGCCUAUGGCUAUGAAGUCAUGAUGGAGAAUUCGACCAAGCUCUUAGAAAACUACUUUGAGCCUACUGGGAUCAAACCCGGAAACUCGGCCCUCCUUGACGACAAGUUCGUGUUCGUCCGGCCCAUCCCCGACUCCAAAUAUUCGCUCAGGCUAUUCCCUGGAUCUCUGUCGGCUGCCGAGUAUUGCUUGGAUUUCGUCGACUCCGCCACCGGGGAACCGGUCAACUCGCCCUUCGAAUACGAGCUCUGGGGCGUACCGGACCCGGACGCACCGUGGCUUUCGAUGCCGAUAACGGGGAAGCUCCGGUCUAUCGAGCGGGGCCACGGCAUCAAGCAAGAGGACAUACUUCCAGGCGGAGAGAAGUUCGUUCUGCGGGACGGGCAGACGUGUGUGCUCAUGCGCCCUGGAAAACGGCCUGCCCGGUUCACAGUACCGCUACGGCGUGUCGAGACCACAGAUGUGGCUGAAGACGUGGACGUAAUCGACCUGCCGAAGGUCGUCGGUCCGUGA